AUGCAUUUCCUUGUAUCAAAAACCAUCCAUGUACUUCUUCUUUCAUCCCUACUACUUCUUUCCCAAGAUCCCAUCUCAGCCGAAGAUCCAAUCUUCACAGUCUGUCCACCGGAAACUUCAAAUUACACUUCCGGGAGCCAAUUUGAAACAAAUCUCAACCGUCUACUCCCAUUGUUAUCUCCAGAUGGGUCCAUCAAUCUCAACGGCUACUAUAAUUACACCUCCGGCAAAGACUCUAACAUAGUGUACGGCUACUCCCAGUGCAUGUCUGGCGCAACUGAAGAAGAAUGCAAUGCAUGCCUCAAGAAUUCAACAGUCGAGAUCAUCAGACGGUGUUCCAACAGAAUGGAAGCUGUCAUCCGAUACUACAACUGCAUCUUACGUUAUUCCUACCGUCCAUUCUUCUCCGUAGCCAACACUACCAUUAGGAUAGAGCUUAUCUUACUUCAGGAUGCCGCCAACACAACCUUUUUUAAUGAGCAAUUAGGAAGUCUGAUGAGAGGUCUGACAUCCAAGGCCGCUUCAAAGCAGUCCAAAUUCGCAACUGGGAACAUCUAUCUGAAUGUCUUCCAGAACAUACAUGGUCUCGCCAGUGCACUAGAGACUAAUCGGCUGGCAAUUGCAUUUCAUGUCUGGAUGUGA